GGCCGAAGACGGGAACAAAUAAAAUGAGAGAGAGGGAGAAUGGGCGUCGAGAAAGGAAGAGUGAAAGGGGGUGUUUUAAUUGUUUUUCCUCUAUUUUUCCCGGAUUUUCCCCCCUUUUCCUAGGGUUGAGGGUAAAGGGUUUUAGCCGCUCGGAGAUAUUUGACUUCUCUGUGUUCCUUAAUCUUGUCAUUCUGUUUCUUUGUGGGGGAAAGGGAGCUGUGCGUGUCAUUGAGAGAUGGGGUAUUGAGAACGAUCCCCAUUUUGGAUGAGAAAAUUUGUGUGCAGAGAAGCUCCCAAGAUCCUGAAUGCUGAAUUUUGUGCAUCUUUGGCCUAAAUUCCUCGUUCUGUUGCCAUGUUUUUAGGUCUCUGUGUGCUUCCGGCGUUCUUAGGAAUGCUGGUCUUACGUGAUUCUCGUUUUAUUGUUGUUUGAUUGUUGGCGGAGUUAUUUACCGAAACAAUGGCCACGAACAAGUCGUUGGUCUGCAUCGUUCAGUUUGGUGGUUCGUUUAUUAAGAAUAUCGAUGGGACCUUGACGUAUGAGGGUGGAGAGGCGCACCUCGUAGAUGUCGAUCAGAAUAUGUCGUUUGAUCAGUUAAAAUCUGAAGUGUCGGAGAUGUAUGAGAUCGACAUGUCUAAUUUAGCCUUCAAGUACAUGCUCCCGGCCAACAAGCGUACUCUCAUUACAAUUUCGAACGAUAAAGAUUUGAAACGGAUGGUUGAUAUUCAACAAAGUUCGCCGUCCCCGGAAAUUUUUAUUGUGGCCAAAGAACGGAUUGCUCUCAAUGCGCUCAUGCCACUUCCUCUUGCCGCGGCCGACGUGAAUGCGACUCCAAGCAGGGCAAGUACAAACUCUAUAAUCGAGUCUUCCACAGCCAUGGUUUGUCUUGAUGAGAAACCUAACAGGUUGAGUGCUUAUUGGGAGAAUGCUAUAACUGGUGUGGGUCAAACAUUUAAGGAUGCACAUGCAUUUCGUGACACUUUGCGCAAGUAUGCAAUAGCAAGGUGCUUUGCGUAUAAGUUUGUUCAGAAUGAUCGAAGCCGGAUUACUGCCAAGUGCAAGGCUGAGGGAUGUCCUUGGCGAGUACAUGCUUCUAAAGCUUCAGGAAAGACCAUUAAGAUCAAAGUCCUCAAAGACGUACACACAUGCAAGAAAGAUGAGGCAGCAACAGCUAGUCGUCCUAUUGUGACAAAGUAUGUUGUUGCUGAUUUGAUAAAACAUAAGCUUCGGGACAGUCCAGACUGUAGCCCAGCAGAUAUUGUUAAUGAAAUUGAGCGGGAUUAUGGGUUGAAGUUGAAGUAUUCACAGGCUUGGCGUGCUAAGGAGAUUGUUAAGGAGCAACUCCUUGGUAAGGACGUCGAUUCUUACAAGGAGUUGCCAAGAUACUGCGAGAAAAUUCCAAGGACCAACCCAGGCAGUAUUGCGACGUUGUUGACUACAGGUGAAGGGAGAUUUCAUCGCCUUUUUAUAUCUUUUCGUGCAUCUCUUCAUGGCUUUGAGCAUGGAUGUCGGCCAUUGCUCUUUUUAGAUAGUACUUCUGUAAAACUGAAAUAUGGAGAUGUUCUGCUGGUUGCAUCAUCAAUCGAUGCAAAUGAUGGGACUUUUCCAAUUGCAUUUGCCAUAGUAGAACAAGAGGCCUAUGAAAGCUGGAAAUGGUUUCUUCUCCAGCUGAAGUCUGGAUUGUCAUCUCCUCGCCAGAUAACGUUUGUCUCAGAUAUGAAGAAGGGUCUAAAAGAGGCUGUUCGGGAGGUGUUCAACAACAGUAACCAUGCGUAUUCUGUUGCUUGCUUGAUAAAGAACUUACUGAUGGAAGUCAAGGGUACAUGGUCGAAGGCAGUUAAGGAAGUGUUAUCUGAAAUAAUAUAUAAAGCUGCCAAAACAUGCAAGAGUGAAGAAUUUGAUGCUUGUGUUGAAAGCAUAAGGUCCAUAUCCCCUGAUGCUGGUGCAUGGAUAACUGGCUUGGAUCCUUCAUGUUGGACAAAUUUACAAUUCAAAGGGUCACGUUAUGACCAAGUGUCGUCAAAUGUUGCAGAAACCUUUGAUAGUUGGUCCACAAAGGCUUCUGACUUGCCUGUCCUUAAAUUCGUGGACAACAUAAGACACAAAAUAGCUGAAUUGAUUCUUCAGCGUGCAAGGGAGUCUGCAUCAUGGUUUUCAGCACUUGCACCUAAAGCUGAGGAGAAGCUCCAAAAGGAAAUAGAGUAUGCUCCUUCACUAUCUGUAUCAGUUUGUUCUCAGUUGACAUUCGAGGUCACUGAUGACCAUGUUAAUGUUGUCAACCUUGAAAAGAGGGAAUGUUCAUGUCUGAGCUGGAAGGUGACGGGUUUGCCAUGCCGACAUGCCAUUGCAUCGCUUCAUCGGAUUGGCAGAAACCCUUAUGAUUAUUGUGAACGAUAUUACACAGUGUCUUGUUAUAACCAAACAUAUACGGAGGCUAUCAACCCAGUUAUGAAUGUGGAUUCCAUCAUACAUCGUAAGCCAAAAAUUGCAGCAGUUUCUGCUUCUCGUCAAAAGGUAGAUCUUCCGAGGGCUCGUCGUCCGCCUGGCCGCCCCAGGAAAAGGCGAAUUGAGGUGCAAGAAGUGGUGAAGAAGACCACUUACUGUAGUAGAUGCAAGGGACCAGGUCAUAACAAGAAGACGUGCAAGGCAGCCAUUGGAAAACUUCCAGGUGAUGAGGAUGAAAAGCUUCUGGAACUUCCAGACCUUGACGAUGAAAAACUUCCAGAUGCUGAUGAUGAUAAACUUCCACUCCCAGACAUCGAUGAUAAAGUUCUUGAUGAUGAUGAACUUCCAGAUGAUGACGUUAAGCUUCCAGAUGUUGAUGAUAGGCUUGAUGACCAUGAUACUGAAAGACUUCCAAAUGAUGUGGAUAAACUUCCUGAUAUUGAUCUUGACGAUGAUAAACUUCCAGAUGAUAACUGAAAUGUAUUGAAUUGGCUUGUUUCUUAUCUUCCUUUGACUGUGCCAUUUCUUUCUGUGCGUGUAAUAUGUGCCUGGGCUUGAAACACCAGCCAGCUGAUAUGUGUAAUGAUUACUGAAUGUCACCCAUCUUCCUUUUUA